GCUUCCCUCUUAUCAUACGCCACACCUUAUCCUGCGCAUCUUCCCCCCUCCAUUAAGAAGAACUAGGGUUUUCCCUCUCUCGUUUCUAUUCUCUAGAUCAUUCUCUCCCUCCCCCCCUUUCUCUCUCUCUCUCUCUCCUGUUUGUCACAAUCCCGUCCCUUUUCGAAUCGGAUCAAAAGUAAGAAAAUUUCGGCGGGUUACGGUUCCGGGAGAGGGUUUGGGUCAGGGUUUCUGAGAGAUGUUGAAUGUUAGGUUCAUUGAUGAAUCUGCUUUCUCUUUGCUUCAAGCCAUUCGGGCAAAUCUGCGAUAACUCCGGGUCCGGGUCCGUUUCGGGCGGAGAGGGCAAAGACGGAUUACUUUGGUUCCGCGAUCUCGGCAAGUAUGGCUACGGAGAUUUCUCCAUGGCAGUGGUUCAAGCCAAUCAAGUGCUCGAGGAUCAGAGCCAGAUCGAGUCCGGCGAUUUUGGGACCUUCGUCGGUGUCUACGAUGGCCAUGGCGGUCCAGAAGCUGCCCGUUACGUCUGCGAUAAUCUCUUCAACCAUUUUCGAGCAAUAUCAGCGGAAACGCAAGGAGUUGUGACAACCGAGACAAUACGGAGAGCUUUUUAUGCAACAGAAGAGGGGUUCACCUCUCUUGUAUCAGAUCUUUGGAGUACACUGCCAAAUAUGGCAACAGUUGGCACCUGCUGUCUGGUUGGAGUGAUUUACCAGAAUACCCUGUUCGUGGCUAGCCUUGGAGAUUCACGGGUUGUCUUGGGAAAGAAAGUCGGGAACACUGGUGGAGUUGCAGCCAUCCAGCUAUCGAAUGAACACAACGUUAACAAUGAGGAGACUCGCCAGGAACUCAAGGACUUGCAUCCUGAUGACCCACAGAUCGUUGUGCUUAGGCAUGGUGUUUGGAGGGUUAAGGGCAUCAUUCAGGUCUCUAGAUCUAUAGGAGAUCUAUACAUGAAACACACGGAGUAUAACAGGGAGCCAAUCAACCCAAAGUUCAGAUUGGCAGAGCCAGUGAAGAGGCCGUUGAUGUCAGCAGACCCGGCUAUGAUCGUUCAUCCAUUGCAGCCGAGUGAUUCUUUCCUAAUAUUUGCAUCAGAUGGUCUAUGGGAACACUUGAGCAAUGAGAAGGCUGUUGAGAUUGUCCAGAGCAGUCCACGCUCUGGAAGCGCAAAGAGGCUGAUAAAAGCGGCACUUCACGAGGCGGCGAGGAAACGUGAGAUGAGAUAUUCAGACCUCAGGAAGAUCGACAAGAAAGUCCGGCGGCAUUUUCACGACGACAUCACUGUUAUUGUCUUGUUCUUUAACCACCACCACCACCAUAACAACGACAACUCCUUCAACCCUCCUCCUCCACUCUCCCUCCGAAGUGCUCUUCAACACUGAUUCUCUCUCUCCCCCUCUCUCUCUCUCUCUCUCUCUCUCUCUCUCUCUCUCUUUCCCCCUCUCUCUCCUCGUUGUCGUGUUCAUUUUCUGGUCCCUACUGUCGUGAAAGAUCCACUGAUCCAGUUUCAGUAUUUUAAUUUCGUUUGCCCGUAUGACUAUGACCCCUUUUGAAAUGAGUUGUGGGUGUUCUUUUUUUUUGACAAUUGACUAAUUUAUCCUUCAAAACAAAUGCAAUUUACAUGUUAUUCA